AUGCCCGAAAAUCAUUCCGACAAUGCCCACUAUCCCUACGACACUAACCGCGUGCGCGAACUGCUCAAGAGCCAUCGCAAAACCCGCGGCCUGCGCUCCUGCUUUCCGUGUCGACAUCGCAAAGUCCGCUGUGACGGACACGUGCCUUGCGCGAGUUGUGUAAAGCGCGGACACCGUGAAUUGUGUCGUUUGCCGACGGAGGAGAGACCGCGGGUUUCUGAUUCAGCUGGGACUGGCGAUUUGGGUGGCGGGUUGGAUUUGGAUGAAAUAACGAACACAAUUGAGGAAUCCCAAUCCCAAUCCCAACAGCCCUCGACAGACCCGAACCUGGUGAUUUCUCGGCUCGAGAAAAUCGAAGAGCAGAUAUCUGCCUUGAAGGCGGAACUUCGCGCCUCGUCGGCAUCUGACCCGGCCACGGCGCCGUCGCAGAGUCCCCAGGUCUCCAGUCACGAAUCCGGACUGGGAAAUCCGUCCGUUUCUUUGCGCGCCAGACCCGCCAGCAAAUCACCCGGCCGGUACUGUGUCGAAGACGCUACAGGCGCUACUCUCUAUCUGGGCAGCCACUCAGACACCCCGCUCGCGCUGGGAUGUCGACAGGCUUCCGCGAUGGAUGAUACCAUGCUGUACGGGGCCAUGGCGAAUCAGUUCGUGCCGCGCGCGUAUCCGUUCACUAGCCUCUGGGGCCCGGAGGCGACUGCUGCGGAUAUUUGUGAGACGUUGCCGGAGGAUUCGGACGUGAUUCGGUAUUGGCAGGUCUAUCAGACAAAUGCGUACCCGUUUUAUCCGGUGCUGGUGACCCUCGAGGAGUUCGGUCCAGCGCUGUUCGGGUUCCUGGAUCGGCGAUUCUUGGCUAGAGAGGAGAGAGAAGGAAGUGGGGAUGAGCCUAAUACGUCGUGGCUGGCGCUGUUGUUUGCGGUGCUGGCGUGUGGUGCGUAUUUUUCGGAUGAUCCGAUCCGGGAAAGAGAUUUGCGGUCGAAGGUGUUUAUCUGUUCAUCUUUCCACUGUCUACGAUUGUCCAACAUUUUCAAUCGUACCGACCUCAACCAGAUCCAAGCUAUGGCACUGAUUGGGAAUUGUUUGCGAAACAACCUUGAUACGAAUAGUGCAUGGAUUUUGAUGGGGGCAACUAUUCGAAUGGCUCAGAGUAUCGGACUACAUGAUCCCUCGCGAUCCUUGUCGGCAGAAGAGCAAACUAAGCAGAAUCAACUAUGGUGGAUGCUCAUCUGGCAAGACACAUUCCUAUCAUUCACUUACGAUCGCCCGCCCAGCUGGAUUCCUGUUGAUGGUUCCCUAUCCCUUGGCUCUAUGUCUCAAGGGGGAUCGUCCUUCCAGAAAUGUGUACUUGACCUCUGCCGCAUUCUCCUAGCUCGAGCACAAACCAAAACGCCCGGUCAUCCUCACGAACUGCUUCAACCCACGCUCCAAUACAAGCAGCAAAUCGAAAAUCUCUUGAACCAUGCCCAGCCUUUCCUCGUCGACCGAAGCCGAUGCUAUUCUCUUCAGAAUCAUCUGGAACGACUGGCCCUGGGCAUUCAUUUCGGAUACGCUAUCUGUCGACUGUGUCAGAUAUAUGCGGACGACACGGACAUUAACUUGCCCAUUCCUGAAACAAUCAAGUCGAGCUGGUCAGUCCGAGCGAUGCAGGUCGUCGAAUGCUUUCUAGAUCUCUAUCGGCUAUCGGCGAACGUCUGCCGCUCGUUGGCCUUUGUGCACAACGCAGUCAGCUGUGCCAUUACACUCAUGAGCCAUGAGCGCCUACGACCGGAGGAUGACCGCAAGAUGAGGUUCCUCAUCGAGCGGCUGAUCGCCGUUCUAGAAAAAGAAGAGAAGAGCUCAGAAUGGCGCGACGCGGAUACGAACGUGCGAUACUUUGGACCGUACUCGCGUGCACUGAAGGCAUUGCGGGAGAUUUCCUCGAGUCAAGAAAGUCAAACAGCUCAAUUUUCAUAA